AUGGCAUCCUCACCUAAUCCAUUUGUGCGAAAGACGCGUGGUCUUCCGCGUCGCGACUACAAUGCUCUGAACAAUGGCACACCCUCCCUGCUCCCUGAGCCAUGGGAAGGAAAUAUCCGUGAAAUGGAGAGCCCCUGCUCGCCAGCACCAUGCGAGUCUACGGGAGGCGAAGAGACGUCGCCAUCCAUGCGGUCCUUACCCAUUCCCAGCUCUUCGCCCGCUCCGCUAGAUCCCGCGCUAUCAGGAUUGACUAGCAGUCAGAGUAGCCCACCGCCUUACAAGAGACGAAAAGCCAAGUCAUACUCUAGCUGGACCCUCGAGCAUUUCUGGAUCACAGAGCUAGACAACACCUGGCGUCGAAAGGGUGGGCCACCAAAGAAGGAUCGGCUCUUAGUCUGUAGGCAGUGCAGUUGGUCGUCCAGGGAUUCGGCACGCUAUGGCUCCACAUCGAAUUUGUUAGCCCAUCUCCAGGCCAAGCACCGCAUCAGUUCUGGAUCAGACAUCACGUCAUCUUCAACUAUCGGAACGACCCUGGACAAUUUUUUGACACCUGCAAAAGAAAGGGCGGGCCUUGAACAAAUGCUGAUACAAUGGGUUGUUCAAACGAGACAGCCCUUUACGGUAGUGGAGCAUCCGGCAUUUAGGGCGCUUUUUGAAGCGACUGGGGCUAUAUUACCCAUCAAGACGGCCGACACUCUCUUCAACAGGAUCAGGGAGGAAUUUUGCAAGAACCGGACUUGCGUCAAAGAAGAAUUAGCCACUAAUAGUCGCACGCUUGCGCUGUCUCUUGAUGUUUGGACAUCAGAGAAUCAGAUAGCGAUCAUGGGCAUCAUUGGUCAUUGGAUCUCACCCGACUUUGAGAAGCGAGAAGAGCUUCUGGAGUUCACUGACAUAUGUGAACCGCACUCUGGGGAGAAUCUUGCAGAAAUUGUCAUGAAAAUGCUCGAGGAACUAGACGUCGCGCCAAAGCUCCUCACAAUUACGGGGGAUAAUGCUGCCAACAAUGGAACUCUCUGCGACAGUCUUCAUGCCGAGCUUCUCAAGAAUUAUGAUGAUAAAGACGACCAAUUUCGCAUCAGACCUCUUAUGCGGUUUCGUGGACGGCAGAGCUUCAUUCCUUGCCUUGCCCACGUCAUCAAUCUCAUUUGCAGAGACGUACUGGCUUCCCUGAGGGCCGGCUCAGCUCGAGAGGCGAAGGCUAUACUGGACGACAUGGCCACGCAAAGUAGCCCAACAUUCACCUCUGCCCACAGCACAAAAGGAGCAAUCAUGAAGAUCCGGCUGCUGACCCUAUGGAUUGCCCGCAGUCCACAGCGCCGCCAGAAUUGGAAAGAUGUGUCACCAUCCAAGCAAGUCGGCUACGAUGUUGACACUCGAUGGAACUCAACCUAUAUCAUGAUAGCGGACGCCCUUCGGCUACAGAAAGAACUUGGACAGUUUGUCCGGAUGCAUCCAGAAGUUCACGCCCUUCAAAUAAACGAGAACGAAUGGUCGAUUCUUCAACAAGUAGCGAAGGUUCUUAAGCCAUUCUGGGAUCACACCAACUCGGUAUCAAAAUCUUGUCCGACGAUUGUUGAGAGUUUGCCCAUCUAUUGGAGUCUAGACGACCUCCUUGACGAGGUUCAAAAGGCCGAAGGUGAUUUUGAAGAUGUUGAUACCGAGAUCCGGGAUGCGGUGGAACGAGGAAUCCAAAAGAUGAACAAAUUUGCAAGGAAGAUGGACACCAAUCUUCUUUACUACGUGGCGUCCGUCCUGGACCCGCGUAUUAAAUCGUCUUUGAUCGGAUCGCAGAUGAGCGAGCAAGAUGCGGGACUGAUCAUCUCUCAAGUGCGGGAGUUCUUAAAGAGGGAGUAUCCGCACGAGUUGUCCAUGUCGUGUAUAGUGGAUCGCCCGCCGGGAAUGUCCGAGACUAUGUGGAGGACGCUGCGAAAAGUACAGCCAUCGCAGCGGACGCUUCUUUCAGACAUUGAUAGAUAUCUAGACGCGCCACCCGUGAGUUGGUCCCACCAUAUGAUUGAUGAUGCAGACGAGGAAUGGGUUCUCAAAUGGUGGAAGGCGAAUGUAUUUAGCUUUCCACUCAUGGCAAAGGCAGCUCGAGAUUACCUGCCAAUUCCAUCAGCGGAGGUAGGGAUUGAACGCGAGUUCAGCAAUGCCAGAGAUGUAUUGGGACUCAGAAGACACUGUCUAAAUGCGGAGACUAUGCGAUGGCUUAUGCUACUUAAGGGACAGUACCAAAAAUAG